GGGCGGGCGCAGGCGGCCUGGGCGAGCUUCGGGGGUCAGCAGGCUCAGCUGUCUGCGAAGUGGGACUCCGGGCCCGUCACCAGAUCACCUCCCCUGACCUCGGGAGGAUGGGGACACCCCGGGGAGGACGGCCGCAGCCUCUAGGGGGCUCUGGGGAGAGUAGCCCCGGGCCCCCAGAGGGCGCGGGCCAGGUGGCAGCGCCGGGGCUGGGCUGCGCGGAGGAGGCGGCCUCCCUGGCCAGGGGCGGCGGCAGGGGCGGCCCUGGGAUCACAUGGGUGGAGGCAGGUCCCGGAGUCCCGGGCGGGCUCUCCCCAGAGUCGGGCAGACGGCUGCGGCGGGAACGGCGGCGUCUCUCGCCUCCCUCCUUCCCUUCCCUUCGUUCCCCAGCCCGGCCGCCCAGCCCGACAGGUGAGCGGGAGCGAGGUGAGCGCGCCCACCUGCGUGCGGUCCGCAAGGCCGGCGACCUCCCCGGCCCCGGCGCCCUCGCAGCUCUGCGCGCCCGCGGCCGGCUCGGCGCCCGGACCUCUCCUCCGCGCACGGCCGCUCCCCGCAGCCUCGCCUGCGGUCGGCGCCCCCCGCGAGCUGGGCUUUCCCGUCCCGGGUGCUCCUCCUCCAGCCCCCGGCGUGCGCGGGUACUUUGGUCUCGGAGCUCAGAAGGAGCCAGAAGUGGGCGAGCCGGGCCGACGGUCUGGGCACCUCCCCGCGGCCCCCGAGCGGAGUCCACUGGCCGGCUCAAAGGUAUGGCGCUGACGGUGGACGUGGUAGGACCCGCACCCUGGGGCUUCAGCAUCUUGGGCGGCAGGGAUUUCCACACGCCUAUCGUGGUGACCAGGGUAACUGAGCAGGGCAAGGCCGAAGCUGCUGAUCUCCGGCCUGGUGACAUUAUUGUGGCCAUCAAUGGUGAGAGUGCAAAGAGCAUGCUGCAUGCCGAGGCCCAGAGCAAGAUCCGCCAGAGCCCCUCGCCCCUGAGGCUGCAGCUGGACCGGCCUCAGGCUGCUUCUCCCGGGCAGACCAACGGGGAAAGCUCCCCCGAAGUGCUGGCCGCUCGCUUCCAGGGCUCCAGGAGGACACACACGGACAGCCAGGCCUCCCUCAGCCCCCGGCCGGGCAGCCCCUUCUCCACCCUGCCCCCCGCCAGCCCCCAGGCCCCCGCGGGAGAGGCGGUGACCAGCCACAGUUUCCAGAGCCUGGCGUACUCCCCGGAACCCACUACUGCUGACCACUUGUCCUACAGGGGCCGCCCCGGAAGCCGACAGGCCGGCCUGGGCCCCGCUGGCGACUCGGCUGUGCUGGUGCUGCCGCCACCACCUUCCCCAGGUCCCCGUUCCUCCAGCCCCAGGCUCAGCGUGGCCUCGGAAGGGGAAAGCCACCUCUUGAGAGAGGACUCAGAAGUCUUCAAGAUGCUGCAGGAAAAUCGCGAGGCACGGGUGGCCCCCCGGCAGUCCAGCUCUUUUCGGCUCUUGCAGGAAGCCCUGGAGGCUGAGGAGAGAGGUGGCACACCUGCUUUCCUGCCCAGCUCGCUGAGCCCCCAGUCCUCCCGGCCCACUUCCAAGGCCCUGGCCACCCCACCCAAGCUCCACACGUGUGAGAAGUGCAGCACCAGCAUCGCGAACCAGGCCGUGCGUAUCCAGGAGGGGCGGUACCGCCAUCCGGGCUGCUACACCUGCGCUGACUGCGGGCUGAACCUGAAGAUGCGAGGGCACUUCUGGGUGGGGGACGAGCUGUACUGCGAGAAGCACGCCCGCCAGCGCUACUCCGCACUGCGCGCCGUCAACUCCCAGGCCUGAGCGCCCGGCUGCGCUCUCAGACCGCCCUCCACUCCGCGGGCACCUCCGCACCCGGGCCGCGCCAAUAUCCGGUUGACCUGGAAAGGCCAUGGGAGCUGGUGAGGCCCCUUCCUCCUCGCUGAGUGGAGCCAGAGGCUGGGACCUGUCUGUGCUGCGGGUGAGGGCAGCCGCACCUUCCCAGGCCUCUGCUGGAUACUCUCGCGUCCCCCUGCUGGACAGGCUCUGCGUCAAAGUGCGAAGUGGGUGCUGCCUUGGACACCUUUGUGUACCAGGGGUUAAGCAGGCUGGGACUCGGAGAGAAGUAUCUGGAAGGAGAGGGCUGGGCCAGAGGCUACAGGUAUUCACUGUGUAAAGUCUUCAGCAUACGAGCUCUAUAAAUAUAUACUGUACGUGGAC